UCGGAGGGAAGGGCUUGUGCUUGCUUCAGGAAAUCAGACCUGCUUUUGAACUGGACUAUUUUGGCUUCCCUUGUAAGAACUCUGGUGGUUCUCUUGGCCCUGCAAGCUCCUCCACGUCACAGUACAUGGAAAAAUGCAAGCUUUACCAGACGUGAAAGCGCCGUGUGAGGCCCUUCCUUCCCCCAGCCUGGAGCCCUUCCCACAGAGCUCCAUCGUGGUCACCCUCGAGGACAUGGGGCUCUGGAUGAAGUUUCACCAGAUAGGAACUGAGAUGAUCAUCACCAAAUCUGGCAGACGAAUGUUUCCUCAAUGCAAAAUCAAAGUCUCUGGCUUAAUCCCAUAUGCCAAGUACCUCAUGCUGGUAGAUUUUGUGCCAAUGGAUAACUUCAGGUACAAGUGGAAUAAAGACCAGUGGGAAGUUGCUGGAAAAGCAGAGCCCCAGCUCCCUUGUCGCACCUAUGUCCACCCAGAUUCCCCAGCUCCUGGCAGCCACUGGAUGAAAGAACCUGUCUCCUUCCAAAAACUGAAGCUCACUAACAACACUCUGGAUCAACAUGGGCAUAUCAUCCUGCACUCCAUGCACCGUUACAAGCCGCGCUUCCACAUCGUGCAGGCAGAUGACCUCUUCAGCGUCCGCUGGAGCAUCUUCCAGGUGUUCAGCUUCCCUGAGACUGUCUUCACCUCUGUCACUGCCUACCAGAACGAGCAGAUUACAAAGCUCAAGAUUGACAACAAUCCCUUUGCUAAAGGUUUCCGUGAACAUGGGAAGAACACUCGAAGGGAAGGACGAGCCAAAUGCCAGAAGCCCAGUCCAACCAAGAGCCAGAAGAGGAAGUUGCCUGAGGAAAAGGAGCCUGCUGCUGAGGAACGUGAUUUUGAGAAGGAUGAGAAUGUAGAUGUGAAGGAAGAGAGUAACCCAGUGGUGGUGAGCAGUGGAUAUCCCUUCUGGGGCUCGGAGCAGAACAGCAGCCAGGCGUUCCCUGCAGCCUCACCAGUGCCUGCUGAGCAGAGGGAGGGUCUGGCCAGAGAGCAGCAAGUGCCAACGCCGUCCUACCAGACAUAUCGGUUCCAUGAGGCUGGGGACAGCCAGCAGCUUCCCAGCCGCGAUGCUGCGACCUUGAACGAUUUCCGGGCAAGGUGCCAUGCCUUGGAUCUCGCCAUGGUGCCCGAGCACGACUCCAAACAGCUCCCAGAGGGUUUCACCAACCUGCCCCCGCUGCCCCCACCUCUGCCUCCUCCCCAGGACUACACAGGAGUGGUGAACAUGACUCUGGACUCUGUGGGGAAAGCUGGGGCCCGGGCGCCCAUGUACAGUCCCUAUGGCACCGAGCAGGGCCUGGGGCAGUGGGUGGUGCCUUCCCACAGCCAGUACAGGGCAAUGAGCUACUCGGCCUUCUCCACGGAGUACAACACACAAGGAACUCCAGGACAUGCCCAUGGCACCAUGGCAGAGUGGAGCCAGUACCCUCUGUUCCCCUAUGCCUGCUGGUGA